CUUGCUGUUCAUACCUGACAGCUUCCUGGUACUACUUACGUGUUGGUCAAUAACCACCAACUUCUUUGUGUCUGUUCUACGUCCCUCCCACUACCAAAAUCACAGAUACCAGUUCAGGUCGCAUCGCAAUUCUUCUUUUCUGUCGUUACCAGCCCAGUGAACUCGGUCUGCUGGCCGUUCCCGCAGUGUCCAAUUCUUCGACCGCAACCUCGUACACCGAGUACGUGUUCACUGCGAUCUUUUGAGUUGACCGGGCGCGAACAAGCAGACAUAUCCUUUUCGACCCUGUAACCCAGGAAGGGGACAACUCCCACACCAUCGCCAUGGUUGCUCCAGCUGUUCCAGAGAUUACGGAGGAGGUCCUCCACGAAUCUGUCGAAGCUCGCACCGAAUCCCUUAUCUCCCUUCGUGAGCUGGGCCCGCCAGAUCUGGUUCAUCUCCUCAAGCAGCCACAGAGAAAUGCUGUCAAACAUAUUGGAGUCUAUCACCAUGUCACCGGCGUCGAUGCUUCGUCCUCCGCAAGUCUUGCAGCAUAUAUAAACACCCUUACCUAUAAAGAGCACGGACAACCGCAAACCGCGAAAAUUGUCGAGGGCGUAUAUUGUUGUUACAAUGCUUUCUCCAGAUUGGAUAUGCGAGUUCAUGUCACCAUUCCCGGCACUGUCGAGAGCUACUGCGUCGAUGAGCGCGGCGAGAAGAGGAAGGCUACGGAUGAACUUUGGCUCGAGACGUACCUCUGCAGCGUCCUGCGCGCCUACUCGUACGCCGACGACGGCAGUGGUGAUACCAUCAGGAAGAUCAUGGGCGUGCGACGAUUCAAUCCAGUAACCAACACGGAGACCGAGCAAAGACUCUUGGGCGCUGCCGAGCAACUAUUCUUCAGAGGCAAUACUGACCCUGCGACAGGCUGGCAACUCGGCUCCGACUCGGUCGUCCAGGUACCAAACAUUGUCUCGAAUCACCUCACCACGGGCCUCUUGAAGUAUUUCGAAACCACUGGUCGCUACGCGUCAGGCAUCAAUCUCUUUGAGAAGCUGCGCACACAAAACACUGAGGUGGCGUCCUUACUGGCAAAGGUCCUGUUCAUGGGGAACGAGGAGGUCGAGGGUGUCAAAGUCUUACACUCUGCGCUCAAGGAGAGGCCAAUGGACUACGUGAUGCUCGAUACACAGGCCCAUUUCUUGCUUAAGAAGGCCCAGACUGCUGCUACACCGGAGCAAAAGGAAGAGCGUCUCCGCCUAGCCCUGGGUUGUGCCGACCGGAGCACGAUUGCGGCGCCAAGCGAGUUUGGGACCUGGGCUAGGCUUGCGGAAGUUUAUGUCGCCAUGGAGGAUUGGGAGAAUGCGCUGACGAUCUUGAACUCUUGUCCCAUGUUCACGUACCAGGACAAGGACACACCCCUAAUGCCCGAACCAAAGGAUGUCUACCUACCGACCCUGCCAGAGACAAGGCUUGACGAGAUCGACAGCGAGCCAGAGUCAAGGUACUCGGAGCAAGUGGAGCCCAGUCUCCUCAACCUUCGGGCUGCCUCUUACCGCGGAACCUUCAAGAAAGCGUAUAGCAUAUUGACGGAGAUGACUGCGAAGAUUGGUUGGGACCAGCUGCUGAAGAUCCGAAGCAAUGUGUUUGUUAUGGAGGACGAGUAUCGGACCGAGAAGCAAGAAUCGGGCACGCCGUCGAAGCGAGGUGCCAGCACUGAUGUGAUCCGAGGGACGCCGGAGCCUGCGACAAAUGGGGACCGCUCGGAUGAUGAUGAUGAGAACAACGCGGAAGCGGAGGGAAAAUCAGCGGACAAUGGAGUAACUUCUCAGCCCGAGGAGCAUCUUUCUCGCCUCAACAACAAGCGCCUCUGUGAACGCUGGUUGGACAGCCUGUUUAUGGUGCUCUACGAAGACCUACGUGUCUACACAAUCUGGCGGACACAAAUGGCUCAGUUUCGGGCACAGUCCAUGCAAUACAAGAAGUCCGCUGAGGAGUGGGAAAUCCUAGGCUCCCUCGCCGAGCGUCUGCAGCACACCGAGGAGGCGGUCGAAGCUUACCGGGGUUGUCUGAUGCAGCGCUUCAGCCCCAAGGCGCUGACGGGCAUUCUAAGGGUACACGAGAGGCAGAAGAAUACGCGGGACACGGUGGCGGCGACGAUCCGCCUCGUGACCUGGCAGUACCGAUGGUACAGCGAGUUCAGCCCAGAGCUCCUGCACACGAUUCGCACACUGAUCGAGGACGAGGGUGCCGUCAAGGUGCGCAGCAUCAUUCAGGCGACAAGCCUUCCGCAAAACGUGCUGGACCUUACCCACUACUACGCUGCUCUUUGUGCCACGUUUAGGAGUGGCGGUACAGACUCUUAGGAAGAGGCCAGAGCUGUAUGGGAAAGAGACAGCAGUGCAUUGGCUAGAUGGGAGGCUCGUGGAGUCGUAAGAAUGGACAGAUAGGGACGCACAGAUAGGGACGAGUUGAACGAUAUGGCGUUGACAGAGAAAGAGCUCGGUUAAAUACCUGUACGGUCAGAUACCUUGUACACUUUUGGAGACCGGCAGCAGAGACAUGACAGGUAUUAAUGCUAUGUUACGAUAACUUGAGCUAGCUGGCUAUGUAAUCUUACCUUUGGUCUCUAGUGAG